AUGUCCUCGAGCAGCAUCGCCACCGUCAAGCCCACCCGGCCCCCCUCCACCGCCUCCCUCCGCCACCAGCACCGCGCCCAGUCCCGGCGGCAGUCAGUCGACACCCUUGUCCUCGACUCGCAACCUCCAUCGCCCAUCACCUACUUUCCAAAUCCAUCGACCUUUGCCAACCCCACAGAGCCCGUCUACUCUACCCCCUCAGCUACCAACUCGACGUCUACGUCGCCCACCGCCUCUAUUAUGCCCAUCUCGACAGACUCGGAAGAGCCCACGUCGAUGAUCUCGAACGCCCCAGCAGGGUCCAUGGCACCAUUGCGCACGCCCCGCCUCAACCCUGCCCCUAAUGCCAACCCAAAUACCAUGCUAGGGCUCGACGUCGGAGCGCCUUCUCCUCGAGUUGCGUCGCGGCAGCAGAACGCUUCCAACACUGGUACUGGAUCGAGCAGCUCGAGUAACGUCAAGGAGCAGGCGCGGAGAAAAGGAUCGAGCAGGGUCUUUUCAACGCCUGUAGCUGGGUAUGCGGCCACGCAUCCCAAUAUCGGCUUGGGCAUCGGGCCUACUCCUUCACGCAAUGGCUCAGGCUCUACAUCUUCGACUAUCGGGCUCGGACAACCAGGCGAUGGUCCCCUCGCGAGCCCGCGCAGAAUAUCAACAUCACGGCCCUUCCAACACCCACCCCAAUCAGCCUAUCCCUCUUCCUCUGGCGGCCUCGGCCUUCCCAGCCACGAAGCGUACUACUCAGCUAGCCAGCCGGCUAGCGCUACCACCCCGCGCUUCCGCGACAAGCACACCUCUCGCAGCGGCAAGGGUCACCAGCACACGUCCAGCUUGGGCGGCGGGCAUCCGAGCUCGGGAGGGUACGGUGCUCUGGGCCAGUCGAGAGAAUCCGGAUCUGGUCUAGCACCGGGCGUCUCGGGGUUGGCUGCACAUUCUGGGUAUGCCAACAACGGAGGACUCAAUUCUCCGUUCCUUUCGCCCAAAGGCUCUGUCAUGCAGAAACUGCGUAAACGCGCGAGUGCGGUGGGGUUGGGGUUGGGAAGACCAGACAACUAUGACGAGGCUGCGUUGGUACGGCGAGAGGAUGAAGAGAUGCUGGAAGAUACGGAAGGAGAACGGGCGAAUGGUACGAGAGUGUGGUAUAGCUCGUAUGUCACGAUAGACUGGAUUCACGAUGCUAUUAAAGAAUCUUCACGGGUCCGACGUGUCCGCCACAUGGCCUCCCGAUCCAUACGCGGCAAGAUACUCAACUCUUGGGACCGCUUCCAAGGCUGGCUAGUCGUCACCCUCGUCGGUAUCAUCACAGCCCUCAUCGCUUUUUUGAUUGUCCGCGGCGAAAUGGCCUUUUUCGACCUCAAAGAAGGUUUCUGUGCUACCUCUUGGGGCACGGCAAAACGGUUCUGCUGUGCGCCACGGCAUCAGAGCCCAGGAAGUGAUGGAGGGGAGGACGAGUGUACAGAUUGGGUGGAAUGGGGUGAAUUCUUCAACCCCGGAGAAAAGGGCGGACCGGAUGGAGCUUGGACGUACGGAGGUCCAGAGUUUAUGGCGUAUGCUGCUGUUGCCUUGAUCCUAGCAAUCAUUGCGAGCUGUAUGACCGUCUACCUGUCUUCCUCGGAACACCACACGACUUCCAAAGACUCUACCUUCCUCCAACCUCCUUCCCGUGCACCCACCGCAAAACACUCUGUCACCUCGUCGCCCACCAAACCGAAUCACUCCAAUCUCAAUUCAAACCAACUCGCCAACGAACGCCAACCUCUGCUCGAUGCAAUCACAAACGAACCUCCCACGCCUCUACUCGAAUCGGCUCCAGAGCCUUCUCGUAAAGUCAUGUUUUACGCAGCAGGCUCUGGUAUUCCCGAGAUCAAGACCAUUUUGAGCGGAUUUGUGAUACAUGGGUACCUCGGAGGAUGGACUUUGAUUACAAAGAGUGUGGGUCUGGCGUUGAGUGUUGCUUCGGGGUUGAGUCUGGGGAAGGAAGGGCCGUUGGUGCAUAUCAGCAGUUGUGUGGGGAAUAUCGUGUCGAGGCUUUUCAUCAAAUAUGAGUGUAACGAAGCCAAGAGACGAGAGAUUCUCUCUGCUGCGUGUGCUGCCGGUGUGGCAGUUGCGUUUGGAGCUCCUGUUGGUGGUGUUCUCUUUUCGUUGGAAGAAGUGUCCUACUACUUUCCGUCCAAGGUCAUGUGGAGAAGCUUCUGGUGUGCUGCAAUCGCGGCCAUCACACUCAAAGCUCUCAAUCCGUUCGGGAACGGCAGUCUCGUUCUGUUUGCCGUGUCAUACACGAAGGAGUAUCACUAUUGGGAGUACGCCGUCUUUAUUGUCCUUGGUAUCUUUGGUGGUCUGUAUGGUGCCGUGUUUGCGAGGUUGAAUAUCAUCUGGAGCAAACACGUGCGGAACGGGACUUGGUUGAAGAGGCAUCCGAUCAUCGAGGUCGUACUCGUUGUGCUCCUCACCACCAUCGUGUCAUUUACCAACCCUUACACGCGAAUGGGCGGAACAGAGCUUGUUGCUGCCUUGUUCGAAGAGUGCAAGCCAUCUUCCACAUCGGGUCUCUGUGUCAAUCAUCCUCAUCAAAUCGCUGCGGUCAUCUGGCAGGUGUUUAUGGCGCUGUUGAUCAAGGGCGUUUUGACCAUCGUCACAUUCGGUAUCAAAGUUCCCGCUGGAAUCUUCAUCCCCUCCCUCGCCGUCGGCGCCUGCUUUGGUCGCAUUGUCGGACACGCCCUCGAGUACAUUGAAUUCACCAACCCCGAUCUCUCCAUAUUUGACGUCUGUCGCGAUACGGAUUGCGUCGUCCCUGGCCUCUACGCCAUGGUUGGAGCCGCUGCAACUUUGGCGGGUGUGACUAGGACGACUGUUUCGUUGGCGGUCAUCAUGUUUGAACUGACGUCGACGUUGAAUUAUGUCGUUCCCGUCAUGUUGGGGGUUUUGAUUGCAAAGACUGUGGCGGAUGGGUUGGAGAAGAAGGGGAUAUAUGACCUCGUCAUCGAUCUUAAUCAGCUUCCAUACCUUGAUUCCAAACACGAAUAUCUCUGGGGAUCCCGACGCGCCUCGACAGUAGCCGACCGCUCCACUCCACACCUUCGUGCCGAUAAACCCCACACUGUCCGCUCUCUCACUGGCAAGCUACUCGAGCUCGUCCGCCUUGGCCUGGAAGAUACAGGCUUUCCCGUACUUGUCAAGGAAGGAGGCGUCAACAGUGGUAGGGAAAGGAGCUGUCUGAGGGUGGUCGGGUUCUUGGGUAUCAACGAGCUGGAGCACGCCCUGACCGAGCUAGCAGAUGACCCUGAUGCUGCCGUCAACCUCGUGCCCGACGAAUCGCCCAAUACUCGGGCGCAUAGCAGUACCAUGUCCAUUUUCAGCUUUGCCGACUCUUUCUUAGAGAACGCACACAAUCCAUACGAUUUGAGCCGGUACAUUGACCAGGCGCCCAUCACUGUUCAGCUUCACUCUCCACUCGAGCUUGUGCAGCAACUGUUUGUCAAGCUCGGUGUGAGACAGAUCAUCGUUGUCAACUCUCGAGGUGUCUUCCAGGGAAUCAUCACGAAGAAAGCCUGGUUGAGCUUCUUGACCGAGCUGGAGGAGGAACAUGAGUGA